GUGCAAAUGGUCGCGAUGUCUACUAUAGUACUAUGUAAAACGGAACCUACAAAAGUAUUAUAUUAUCUGUUCGUUCGCACAUUUUAAUAAUAUAUUUUCGUACGGUUGUUUUGCUCUAUUCUAUACUGCAGAAAUGAGCAUGAAUAAGAAGAUUAUCGGAUUACUAUAUGUAUGCGAAUAUUUAUAUUUCGUCGCUGGUGAUUAUUUGAUCGAUCCUCAUGAGUUAUUAGUACACUAUAAUCAUGGCGAAAACGACGUGAAUCACUAUUCAAAUGUAUGGUAUUUCCAUUCCACUGAUGAUCUGAAUGAUAUACACGAAACCAUAAUAAAACAGGGAUUUUCGUUUGCACAACCAGUAGAUGGUAUACCAAAUGUUUACAAAGUGAAAAGAGAAGACCAUCCUGAAAUCCAUCACGUGCCAUUCGAUAACACAACUAACAUUUUAAAACAGAAUAAUAUGGUGAAUUGGGCUAAACAGGGAUUUUCGAAAAAGUUGUAUAAAAGAGUGCCGACGGACGUCCGCAGCAGAUAUGAGAGUUAUUUUAACGACGAACUUUGGAAACAGCAGUGGUACGAGCAAGAUUACCGAAAAAAUUAUACCAACGGAAUGCCACUAGAUAUGAACUUAGUACCAGUAUACGAAGAGUUAAAAUGCACAGGUAAAGGUAUUCGGGUAGCGAUUAUCGAUGAUGGAAUAGAAUAUACUCACGAUGAUCUUAAGGAUAAUUAUGAUGAAGAAAUCAGUAUCAAUCUGAACUGGAAUAAAAAGGAUCCUAUGCCUAGGUACGAAGAUCCUACAAAUUCCCAUGGUACUAGAUGUGCUGGAGAAAUUGCAAUGGCAGCAAAUAAUACAAAGUGUGGUGUAGGCGUUGCUUACAAUGCAAAAGUAGGAGGUAUCGUAUUGCUCGACGGUAAAACAAACGACGAAAUGGAAGCUAGAGCCUUAAUAUACGCUAAUUCAUUGGUGGAUAUAUACAGUGGAUCAUGGGGGCCUACGGACGACGGACUAAUGGUCGACGGGCCCGGAGUAAUGGCGCAAAUUGCAUUUGAAAUCGGUGCAACCAAAGGUCGCAACGGCAAAGGUUCAAUAUACGUAUUCGCGUCGGGCAAUGGUCGUAUGCUAUUUGACAAUUGUGCAUCGGACGGCUACGUGGGAAACAUUCACACGGUGGCUAUUAGCAGUGUCACUAUGGAAGGCACAGCUCCCGAGUACGCCGAGAGAUGUGCCGCCGUCAUAGCAACUGCUUAUUCCGGUGGCCUGGAUAAUGGUGUCAAAAUCGUUACGUCGGAUAUCAAUAAUACAUGCACGCUUUCACAUACCGGCACAUCAGCCGCAGCUCCGCUAGCAGCAGGAGUUAUAGCUUUAGCUCUCGAAGCCAAUGGCAAUCUGACGUGGAGAGACGUGCAACAUUUAUUAGCAAGAAACUGUGAAGUUGCACCUCUGUUGAAAAACUCUGGUUGGUCCACUAACGCAGCCGGAUUCGCCUUUAAUCCCCAGUUCGGUUUUGGAUUAUUAAACGCCUAUAAGUUAGUGAAAGAAGCUAUUGGCUGGAAAACCGUACCAAAGAAAAGUAUUUGUGUUAAGAAUUUCCGUAUCCCUAAAAAGUAUAAAAAUUUUGGCCGAGCCUCAAAAUUUGUGUCCACGGUAAUGACGAAUGGCUGUAACAGAUACAUCAGAUAUUUAGAGCACGUACAACUAUGUGUGACCAUUCGGUAUCCAAAACGCGGUAUGGUCGAAAUAGAUCUACAAUCACCAAAAAACACCACGUGCAAAAUGAUGGAGCCACGACCCUUAGACGAGUCAAACAGGGGAUUUUUCGAAUGGAAAAUAAAAUCAUUGCAAUUUUGGGGUGAAAACCCGUCUGGGGAGUGGACAGUUAUUGUCAAAGAUGAAACUUCUAAUUUAUUCACCGGGCUAACUGGAUCAGUAGAAAAACUUAGAUUAAUAAUGCAUGGAACUAAAAAUAAACCUUACAAUUAACAGACAAAUUCGGAUAAUUUUAAAUAAUUUUAAAUAUUUAAUGUAUAUUAUAAUAUUAUUUAUAUAUUUCAAGUUUAUAAUGUUUAAAGUAAAUCUGAUGAAACGUAAUUUGUGUUAUGAUAUUUGUCUGGACAUAUAUCACUGUAUUUUCAUUUCGCUGUCAAGAACGAUAGGCAUUUCAAAUAAUUUAUAAUGUAUAAUAUCUAUUAUAAUAUUCAUGUCUAAAGUUUUUUUUCGUACUAUAAUAUGUAAAAUAAAUUGUUGUAGCGUAUUGGGUUAUAUUUUUAUAUUAUUUUUUAUUGUCAUAAACAGUGUACCUAUUUUUGAUUUGAAACACACCAAAUUGAAGUUUUGUAACAUUUUAAUAACUUUUACUCCCAAACGCCGCUCGCUGCUGAGGUUAACUUUAAAUUUAAAAAAAAAUAACACUGUUUAAUAAAACAUCAAUUCAAUAAUAAACAUUUUGAAACUAUACGAUGGUUUCUACAUUAUUAAACAACGGUAUAAAAUAACA